AUGGCGACACGUACAUCCAUUAUAGUGUUUGCAAUACUAUUGGCUUACGUAUGCAAUACGAGUGCCAUUCUAUCUGAACAGCUCGACUGUCCAGAAGAUUGCGAUUGUCAUUUCUUCAGAAUUAACUGGGUAACUGACUGUUCGGACAGUAACUUGACAGGCAUGCCAUACGAAGGACUCGACGGCAAUGUCUACGUACUUAAUAUGAACGGAAAUCUCCUAAAAGAAAUCGAACCGUUCCCGGCCGAUAUCAAACUUAGGACAUUGCAGUUGUCUGAGAACUUUUUAACAAAAAUUCAAAAAACAACAUUUGCCGGACUCCAUUACCUGUUGGAUAUAGAUUUGUCAUCUAACUUGAUCAAUUAUGUUGAUCCUGAAGCAUUUGUGGAUAGCGCUGGAUUAAUUACGUUAGAAUUACAAGGAAAUCCAUUGGAACAAGUUGAAGGUCCAUUCUUAUACUCAAAGUCUUUGCUGUACCUGUACCUGGCAAAUAGUCAUCUAACAAAAUUAUCACCACAGUUUUUCGCCAAUAUCAGUGGUCUAGACAAACUUGAUAUUUCCGGAAACCCUCUUCAUAUCAUUGAACCAGGCAUAUUUGAUCCUCUUACUAGUUUAAAACAUCUAAUUCUUAAUAACUGCAAUCUUACACACAUAUCAAGCGUAGCAUUUAGUAGUCUUGGGCACCUCACGGUAUUGGAAUUGGCUGGAAAUAGUCUCAAAAGUCAUGUUGACUGGACUUUAAUACUGGGUAAUUUAGGCAGAUUGGAACAUCUUGAUUUAAGACAGUCGGGUGUAUCAAAUUUACCAGAAAAUGUUUUUUUCAAUAAUACUUGGCUAAGAGGUUUGGUGUUGGCUGAAAAUGAAUUAUCUGAUCUCGACGUGGCUACUACUUUAGGUCACAAUUUAGUUCAUUUAGAUUUUCUUGACCUCAGUUACUGUCAUUUAAAAGGUCCUUUGUCUGAAGAUGCGUUCGCUAAUGCUACGAAAUUGCGUACCCUUAUAUUAUCUGGAAACCAUUUAUCUGCAAAUGAUUUGGCAGUAGCCUUAUCGCCUUUAUUAAAGCUUGUAAAACUUUCAUUAAGAGACUGUGGAUUGACACGGUUACCAGCUAACACAUUUCAUAAAUUUACUAGUUUACAAGAAUUGGACCUAUCAAGAAAUCCUUUGAACAAUGCAUUUACAGCACUAUUAUCUCCAUUGGAAUCGUUGGAACAUUUAGAUAUGGGUUAUAGCAACUUGCAACGAAUAUCAAGAACGACUUUCUUAAAAAUGUCUGCUUUAAAAACGCUUAUUUUGUCUGGAAAUAAACUUAAAAGUCUCGAAUCAGGUUUAUUCCAAAAUCUUACGCGUUUGGAAGUAUUAGAGUUGAAUAACUGCGGACUUAGUCGUCUAAAUGAUACAGUGUUCUACGAUAAUUUUACAUAUCCAGACUUGGAAGAGUUAAGACUUUCGGGAAAUCCUCUUCAAGUUCCUGAAGAAGGGCCAAUACUACCACCUCAAUUAUCUGGUUUAAAAAAUUUGGAUAUGAGUAAAUGUAAUUUGAGUCAUUUACCUGUCGAUGCUUUCACAACAACGCCCAACAUUAGCCAGUUAUUGUUGAACGAUAAUAAAUUAAAGAGUGACGAAGAAGGAUCUAUGAAGUUUUUAGAAUCACUAACUGGAUUGGAACAAUUGGACUUAAGUUUCAAUAAUAUAACGGCAAUUAAGCCCGAUAAAUUUGGAUAUAACCAUCAACUUAUGUCGUUACGACUGGUCGGUAACCCUUGGAAAUGCGACUGUUAUGUUGUGGAUAUGUGGGAAUGGGCUGCAUCGUCUAAAGGAAAUAUAGGUGUGUUGGUUGGUUCUACAAAAUCAAUUGCUUCCAAUGUAAACAACAAAAAGACCAAAGGAUUGGUGUGCAAUUUCGAUCCUAAGAGCACGCCUGUUAAGGAAGCUAAACUAAGAAGACCUGGAAGAGAGCUCACAUCUAGUGUGCAACGCACGUGGGCCAGGUAUGUGCGCGAGGCGAAUUGUCCACACAGCCCAGUGGCAGCAAGACCAGCCAGAAUCGUUACUAGGGAAGUUCACGACUACCAGCCAAUGUUGUCAGAAAUUGAAAAAGAAACAGAAAAUAAAUGGUUGCCUCUAAUAAGUUUCUGUGCUGUUUUGUUGUUGGUUUCAGUAGUGAUGAUGAGUGUUUUAAUAAAGCGUAAAGAAAAUCCCACAAAGAAAGAUAAAGACAUUUCAUGUGAUUAUUCACAAGAAGACAAUGAUGUGGUGCAAUUUAAAGGAACUAAAAAUGUAUCUCGUAGAACUAUAAAAUGA